GAUAUCCGCCACGUUGCCAAAUCGGAUGUCGUUCAACUCAUGAUUGUCUCUGGUAAAAAAUUAUCGUUUAUGCAAUGCGUGUUUUCUCGUAUAUCGAAGUAGUAGUGUUGUGCUGUCAGGAUAAAAUCAGUUAUGUUAAAUUUUAUUAAAAACACGAGGUGCCUGCGUUGGGCCUUCGUGAAAUAACACGAAUUAUAAUAUAUGAACCAAAUACGUUCAAAUAAUAUUUCACCGAAAAUUUCUGGUUACUACAGAGAAAAUUAGUUGAUGUCAAUUGAACAAAUCUUGAAACAAAAAAAAUUGAAAGAGAAUAAUUGAGAAAAAAAUAAAGAUAAUAAUAUGCAGCAGAUGUGGUUUAUAGAAAACAAAGAGGAUAUCAAACAAUUAGAGGCAACGCCUAACGUAGCAUCUAAAAAUAAUCCAUCCACUAUGAAGGAUUCUAAGAGAGAUUGGAUUUUUAGAGUACAGGUGCCGGAUUUAGAAAAAAAUGAAUGUUUAUAUGUUGUGGGAGAUUUACCUGAAUUAGGGGCAUGGAAUCAUAAUCAGGCGAUUCAAAUGUUCGAAGAACAUACUGCUCAAGAUGCUUCAGCAGUUUCUAAGAAUAGUGGGUAUUAUAAUAUUGAUAAUGUAGAUAAUACUACAGAUGCAGGAGAUAACAUUUAUCAUGAGAUAGAAAAAGGACAGAUUUUUUCUCAAAAGGUUGCAUUACCCGUUGAUACAGAUAUCAAGUAUCGAUAUUUUAUUGCUGUUAUAUGUCAAUCCAAUGGUACGAAGAAUUCAUCCAAGAUUCUUAUUAUUCGCAAGUGGGAAACUCACAUGAUAUCUCGUCAAAUUAAGAAAAACAUACCUAGUAAUUUUGUGAAUGAUACAUUGCCAGAUCCAGAAAUAUUUGGUUGUCAUAAUGGCUAUUGUAAAGUUGAACGUGGUUGGCUUACAGAUGAAACUGUGAUACAAUUUAAAAUUUUUGAUAAUCCAAUUAAAUUAUGGAAACAUCAAUAUAAAAAUAGAAAUAUUAACAUUAAGAUGACUCCACUAAAUUUAGUUAAGCAGCACUCCUACGAAUUACAACAAUUUGGAAAUGAUUAUAUAGAUGAUUCUACGGAUACUCAAGACAUUAUCGAUCAAUCCGGUUUUAGUAUUACAGAAAUUGCAGUAAUGAACGACGAAGAAGCACAGUUCAGAUACCAGGAACAAUUUGGUCGAGCUUAUGCAGAAGACGAGUGUAUUAUCUUCAAUAUUGCUGUUCGUUAUCUCGAAUCUGUUGCAUAUUUAGUGGACUACUACGUAUACAGUUCAAAGACUUUCCCAGGUGAACCACCAAAUCAUAUUGGAUUCAGUUACAUCUUACCUAGUACAUUGCAAUCCAGUGUUGGUAUCUUGACAGUGCCGAUUACUAGUACCAAACAUAGACCAAUUGGACAAUUAACAGUCGAAUAUGUUGUUAUAAAAUCAAUUCCAAAUUAUCCAUGGGAUAUGAGUAUUUCAUAUGCAAAGCAUUGGGAACAAAGAUGGUCUGGCUUGGACGUGGGUCAUAGAGGACUUGGCACUUCUUUUAAAUUUGAGACAAAAAAUUGUGCUAAUGUCAGAGAAAACACUAUAGCAUCUUUAAAAACUGCAUCAUAUCAUGGUGCUGAUAUGGUAGAAUUUGACGUUCAAUUAUCGAAAGAUUACGUACCAGUUAUAUACCACGAUUUUUACGUAUCAAUUUCAAUAAAACGUAAAAAACAAAUAGAAGCAAUGGACACGUUGGACAUACCAGUUAAGGAUCUAACUUUGGAACAACUUCACCUAUUGAAGGACCUUUAUUACCCGGGCGACUCGUUGGGUAAGGUGCUGUAUUUCGUUGAUAAAAGUGAGCAGGGGGUUAACCAACUGGUUUACCACGUGGCAGAGGGCCGAGAAAAACUUCCUCGAUUUUUUGAUGAAGAUCUAGAAGAUCAUCAACCUUUUCCCACUCUUCAAAGUGUACUUCUUGAGUUAGAGCCACAUGUUGGAUGCAACAUUGAAAUUAAAUGGACUAUGCAGUUAAAGGAUGGUACAUUUGAACUUAAUCAUCCAUUUGAUCUAAAUAUGUAUCUGGAUACGAUAUUGAAAGUUGUUUUGGAAUAUGGGGGUGACAGAAAAAUAGUUUUCUCAUCCUUCAAUCCUGAUAUUUGUGUUAUGAUACGUCUGAAACAAAACAAAUAUCCAGUGGUAUUUUUAACUCAAGGCAUAACUUCGAAGUAUCCAACUUACCAUGAUCCCAGAUGUCAAACAAUACCAAUGGCUAUAAGACAUGCAUUGGCGGCAGAUAUUUUAGGAAUUAAUGUUCAUACCGAAGAUAUUCUUAGAGAUCCUUCGCAAGUAAAAUUGGUAAAGGACGCUGGUUUAAUCAUCUUUUGUUGGGGCGAUGAUAAUAAUGAUAAGGAUACUAUUCGUCAUCUUAAAAAACUUGGUCUACAUGCAGUCAUAUACGAUAAGAUUGAUGUAUAUAAUUCGAAAGAUAUUAAAGAAAGUAUAUUCUUGAUCGAUGCAAGGGAAAGCCAAAAAGCAUUAAUAGCUUUGGCUCAGUCUAGUCAAGCAGAUAAUACGACAGAAAAAGCAAUUCCUGAUUCGAUUAAUAUGGAUUAUAGCAAUGAAAAGGGAUGUCUUUUAAAUUUGGAAGAGACAAGAAAUUUAUUAUCGACUUCAACGGCAACAUCCGCUUCCAGCCUUGAUAGUAAAAAUAAUGUUGGUGCAGAUAAUAUAUAUAUGACUAAAGUGCCAUCUUCUUCAAAAAAUAAUGAAGUUAGUAAAAUUACCAAAGAUUUUGACGCAUAUGCAAAAUCUUUUGGACAUACAAACAAAACUAGAAAUAUUUCUGAUAUAAUGAGUGGUCAGACCACAGCCUUACCCGAAGCCUAUGGAGAAGAUGAAUCAGCGAAGGAUUGCCUUUGAUGUUUCUCUUUUAAAAAAUCUUUUGUUUCCUGGUUUUAAUGUACUAGACAACAUACUUGGAGUAGGAUACCAUUAAAGAAACCAGAAAGAUAACGACAAUUUUAUGAAUAUUUCGUAAUUAAUAUAUCUAUUUCCUACAAUGUUUGUAGUACAGAGGCUUAAACCGUUCUUCAGGUUUCUUAUCAAUUUUUUUUUUUUCAUCGCGUUUGCGUUAAUAUUAUAAAUUAACUUAUGUAACCGUAUAUAUGAAGAAUAUGUAUAGUACAGUUAAUCUGAAAUUGUAAUCGAUUUCUAAAUCGAUUUACAUAUUUCCUUCUGCGUAUAAUUUUUCUAAAUCAAACAAAUUUUACUUUGACAUAAGUUGGCCUGUUCGGUUCCUGUAAUUACUGGAUUUUUCAAUCAAUUAAUCGUCAAUUUUACUCGUCCUCUUUAAACGUACUACAAGGAUGCUAUACAUGUUAAAAGAAAACAAAAAAGACAUAAUGAAAAGGAGAAAAGAAAAGGGGAAAAAAAAGAAAAAAAGAAAAAAAGAACGAUAUAAUAAUAUGCAAUGGAAUUUACAAAAUAUUUUUAAAUAUUUUUAUAUAGCUUUUCACUGCUUUUAUAAUAGAAUUAUAUCCGUUUUACACAACGUAAUAAAAAUUUAUAUUGCAGUAGUCAUGUCUUCCAUGCAACUAUGUAUGCAUUAAUAACAUGAUUUUACUCUUAUCUCAUAUAAUUAGAUAUUGUUAGACAAAUUUAGUCAAUUAUAACAACUUCAAUGAUUAGAAAGCAUCUCGCGAAGCAAUCGAAUAUUUUGAUUCUAUCUUAUAGAAGUUAUCGCAAUAUAAUAUUUUACAUUGUAAUAGCAUGAUAUUCGUGAGAAUACUCAAUUGCAUAUAUCGCAUUAAUGCAAAUUACACAAUUGAUAUAUCCGAUUGCUUUAUAUACCCGCUUAUGACAAAAAAAUAAAUAUAUCAAGAUUUGAUCUAAUUGCAGUGAAAAGUAGUAUAAUGUAUUGAAAGAUAAAUCAUAUAUCGAUUGGUUUAUAAUAAAAUUGUCUGGUUCACACUUCUAUAUAUAUUAUUUAUAAGAAAAAAAAAAAAAAAAAAAAAUAUAGGGCAAACUUUUGUUAAAACGAAUUCAAUUCUAAUAUAAAAAUUUAUCAUUGUUACGGAUUGUUAUUAAACACAGUAAUUAAAAGUGAACCAAACAUGCUAACGACGUUUGUUUCUGGUUUAGCAUAUUGAUAAUAACAUGUGUGAGGGUAUAUAAUAAGAAUGAAAAUGCAAUUAUUAUAUUGCGAAUAUACUAAUACCGUCUACUUAUCAAUUUUAUGACGGAUUUUUUGAACGGGAAUCACUUUAUUACUCAUUCAAAAUAUUUAUUAUAUUAAAAGGACAUUUUAUAAGUGCUAAUAAAGAAAGUCCGGUAUUAUCGGUAAAGAAUAAUCCUAAUUUCUAGUAAACUGUUGUGAUCAUAGGGGUUUAGGCGGGCGUUUAAGUUGUUAGUACAAAUAUUUCUAGAUAUACUUUUAUUUAAAUAAUGAAGAUUAUGUUAUUAUACAUUUUAUUCAAGAAAAACAAACUUUUGAAGUAAGGACAAAAGUUGUCAAAUAUAUUUAAUAAAAAAAAGGAUAAAAAAAAAGAUUGUGAUGGUUUCAUAUGAAUUAUAUCUAUGUCGAGAAAAAAAAUGCUUUAUAUAUAUAUAUAUUUUUUUUUGUUGGUGACAUUCUCAGAUUUAUUUGUGGCUAUAAAAUAAAUAAUCUUUUCAUAAGACUCAACAAUUGCAUAUCCUUUUUAAUUUCUCUUUUUUUGCAAAUCAUUAUUUUAAUUUAAAUGAUCAGAAAAAUGUGUUUAUGCAUUGAUUAUUUAUUUUCAUACUUUGGGUUCCACGAUUUAUAUAUUAUCAGCACGCAAUAGAUAUAGAUAUUUUAAUACAUAUCCAUAGAAAUAUAUUUAAUUUUGUAAUUUUAAUAUAUGAGAAUUCAUACGAAAUAGAAAAAAAAGACAAACAGAAAUUUUAAUAAUUUUUGUUUGCAUAUAUAUUCCUCUGUAUGAUACCUAAUAUAUUAUUGCGAAAUAAAUAGAAGAAUAGCUUUAAAA